UCAAGAGGGAGUGCCCGCGCGCGUGUGUGGCUGGUGGGAAGGGCGGCGGCCAUGGCGGGACCGGCCGGCCUGCUCACACUCGUCCUGCUGCUGCACCCGCUGGCACGGAGCGCAGCGCAGCACACAGACGAGUACGCGAGCGAAAGCCAGGACCGGAUCCGGAGCAGGCGUCAAACAACCAAACCUGAUGGUGGCUAUCAGGUGGAAAUCAGCUUCCCCGCGCAAAGCGGCCCUGUCACCAACGAGGACACGAAACAGGCUACCGACGUGCAGAAGCUGAUCAAGGACAUCAUACUCGAACAUGGCGAGUUCGACGUCCAGUCGCAGCUGCCGAACGUCGAGACGGACCCGUCCUCGCUGCAACUCGACUCGGAGUAUGUGUGCGAGGAGGGCAAGGUCCUGGUUGAUCGCUGGUGCGUCGCGUGCGCGGCCGGCACGUACUUCGACGUCGAGUCCGGCACGUGCCGCAAGUGCGCCAUCGGCACGUACCAGAGCGGCCAGGGCCAGUCGAGCUGCACGCCGUGUCCGCCGAUCGCUGGCCGCCAGUCCACCACGGCCAUGCGCGGCUCGCAGACCGCCGACCUGUGCAAGGAGCGCUGCUCGCCCGGACACCACUUCGACACGCGGCUGCAGAUGUGCAAGCCGUGCGGCGUGGGGCGCUACCAGAGCCGAGCCGGCCAGUUCUCCUGCAACGCCUGUGAGCCGGGCCUGACCACACGCAGCGCCAAAAGCACCUCCUCCAAGGACUGCACGGCGGCCUGCGAAAGCGGCCAACAGCUGGCCCUGGACAACACGUGCCAGCCGUGUCCACGUGGCACGUACCGCGCGGCCGACGCGCAGCAGACGUGCUCGCUGUGCCCCGAGGGCACCACGACCGCGACAACGGGCUCGACGAUCUCCGAUGACUGCUCGCUACCCGUCUGCCAGCCAGGCACGUUCCUCAACACAACGGAGGGGAACCGGUGCGAGAGCUGCCCACUGGCGACCUACCAGCCCGAGUCCCUGCAGACGGAGUGUCUCGACUGCCCCACGGACACCACCACCGAAAAGGUCGGCGCCAGCUCGGCCGAGCUGUGCAUCAACCCGUGCGACGGCGCCGGCGAGGCGACGCAGUGCGACGCGCAGGCCAUCUGUCUGAUGGACGCCGUCACCAACGCGUUCCGCUGCGAGUGCAAGCUUGGCUUCAGCGGCGACGGCUUCAACUGCACGGACCGCUGCCAUGGCUUCUGCGACAACGCGGGCACGUGCAGCAAGGACGAGCGUACCGGACUGCCAUCCUGCGCGUGCACCGGCUCAUUCACCGGGGAGCGGUGUGCAGAGAAGUCCAAGUUCGCCUACAUCGCCGGCGGCGUGGCCGGCUUCGUGCUGGUGGCCAUCAUCUGCGUGCUCUUCGUGUGGAUGAUCUGCGCUAGGGCCAACAAGAGGAAGAAGCAGCAGGAGCCGGGGCAGAAAGCCAUGACGCUGCCGCCGGACGCUGCGUCGCAGGUGAAUUUCUACUACGGUGCGCCAACCCCGUACGCUGAGAGCAUCGCGCCGUCGCACCACUCCAACUAUGCGCACUACUACGACGAAGAGGACGAGGCCUGGGAGAUGCCCAACUACUACAACGAGGCCUUCGUCCGAGACGGCCCGUCGCCGAGUAAGGGCGGCACGCUGCCGCCGGCCAGCGCCAGUCUGUACACGGGCCAGCCCAAGCCCGACGAACUGUACGACCGGCUACGGAAGCACGCCUACACCGGCAACAGAGACACGGAAGACAUUCCCAUCGGCCACGACGACCAAGCGUGCUAGAUCGCCGUGUAACCGUUCGGUGUCGAAACAGCGAGGCCCGGCCGGCCCCGUCAGCCCCGCGGGGCCAGCAAGGCCGUCUUUCAGCUGACCACGGGAGCCGGCGCGGCGGCGCGGCCCUCUCCUCGCGACGUUACGUCAGUCACGGCCGCUCCGAUUCCGCGUCGGUCCAGACCUCUGCCAAUGGGCGACCCGAGCGAUGAGGUCACCUCAAACUGCAGACCUCCGCUACAGCUGCAUUUUUGGCAGUUCGCCACGGGUCAACAUUACCAGUCUGUGGAUGCGUGUGCGAAGAACCGUUUGCUGAGGGAUCAGCGCAGCAAGAGCAUGCUGCACAGAGACAGAAGUGAUAUUGCGCGCGCGGAGUGGAGGUUCGUAAACUGAGUUUUCAUUAAGUGUCAUUAAGGGACAAUACCAAGCCCCGCAGUCCCACGUCCAGAAAGCGUCUCAAAGUCAGCAAAAUCAUGAGCAGGCCUUUCGCUAAAACCGAUAUCCAAACAUAAGUGAACAAUAUGCAGUGACGCGUACUGUUGGUGAGAUGUGCAGCUCGUGAAGGACGCCGAAUACACUGAGUAAGCGAA